UAAACAAACAAAACGCACGGCGAAGAAUAAACAAAAAAUAACAAGAAGUCGAACGAAGAGUGGAGCGGGAUCGCCGUCGCCGCCGCAGAUCGUUUUCCGGUGCCGGAGUAGAGGCGAGAGUACAGGCAAGGGAAGGGGCGAGGAAGCAGGCUUGGGCUGCCAUGGUGCUCGGCCCCAUCGCGUUCGUCCUUGGCUCCGGGUUUCUGUGGAAUCAUCUUAAGCCGGACAGCACCAAAAAUGUCCCCAUUAUCGGGGACGCGCUCUCCGCGGCUGCCAACUUUGCCAAGGUCGUUGGGAAGGACGGGAAGGACACGUCGUCGUCGUCGAACAGUGGAGACCAGCUGAUGUCUCAGGUCAGUAGUCUCAGGGAGGAACUUCGACGAGCUCUACGCGAGAGGGACGAUGAUGUUACAAUCAUCGAUAAUAGAUCAGGGGCUGGUGCAUAUACUGUAACAGCGGUCGUUGUUGCAGGGCUUGUCGGCUACGCAUAUAUUAGGUGGAAGGGUUGGAAGAUCAGUGAUAUCAUGUGGGUGACAAAGCGCGGGCUGAAUGAUGCCUGCAGUGUAGUCGGAAACCAAUUAAAUGAAGUUUCUGACACUGUCCAUGUUACAAAAAAACAUCUAUCUGGAAGGAUUGACCGGGUAGAUGCCACUCUCGAUGAAACGCAAGAAAUAAUUGAAGGGACAAGAGAUGAGGUCUCAAUCAUCAAUGUAAAUCUCAGUAGUUUCCAAAAGGAGCUACAAGAAGUGAAUCGUACAGUUGAAAUAUGGGGGUCAAGGCUUUGCAGUAUCGAGGACACCCAGGAUCGAACUGUGCGUGCAACUGAAGCCCUGGUUGGGUUUGGCCAACAAAUGGAACACUCCCAGAGGGGCAGUUUUCGUCAGAUCUCAUCAUUCGUUCCAGCACUAGGAUCCUCGUCGGAGAAUAUUGUUAGAAGGCUUCCGCCGCCUCCUCCUCUAGCUCUGGAAACUAUGGAAACUAUCUCGUCAGUAGCUGAAUCAAAGCCUACUGUAGAGGAAACCCAGGAGAACCGCAAGACACUUUCGCAGAGCGAAGGAAGCACAAGGUGGAAACUACCCAGCCUUGGCUUUCUGAGGAGUGGAUCAAAUGUAUGAGAUGACACAUGCAUGUGCACCGAUUGCAGACGCCGAGGAAUUCCCCUUUUCAGGAAAAUCAGAUGUACACGAUAGGGGUCAUUUUUGUAGACACAUAUCUGUAUAGAGAAAUGAGAGUUGCAACUUGGAUUCAACCAAUGUUUACUGUGGGGAUUUAUACAAUUAGGCAUACAUCUAGAUCAAGUUUUUACAACUUAGAUUCGACUCAUAAUUAAAGUAGUAUGGCUUCUUGCAAUGGUGAUCUUCACUUUAUAUUUCCGUCGUAGAAUAUAUAUUCUUUUUUUUCAUGGAAAAUGGAACCCUGACCAUUCCAUUUACAUGUGCAAUCAGCAAGUCCAAGUUUUGAUGUU